CUUGACUUGUACCACUGUUUUUGAGGUCAGAGGAACUGGAUUUACAUCUUGCCUCUAAUAUGUCAUCACAGACAAUUUGUGCUUGGCCCUGAAUGUCAGUCUAUCUCAUCCCUAAAAUGAAGGAGGAGAAUUAGAAUAGAUAGUUUCUGAAUUCCCUUUCUAUUCUGUGUCUAUGGCACUUCCAAAACUUUCUGGGACUUUUUUCUCAUCUUCUAGAAAUGUGAGUACUUCACUGGAUGCUUAGGAGCUUAUUAUUAAGGAAGAAUGAGACUUUGUAUAUGGAUGUAUGUGUGUAUGUAUGUAUAUGUUGCACAUAGAGGGGGCAGUCUAGUUUUCAUUAUAUUCACUUUCUGAAUGGAUAGCAAUUCCUGGAUAUUUCCACAGUUACUUGUUCUUCAUUCCCCCAUUUCCCCCUUUCUGGUCCCUUUUUGACCUGUAGCUGAAAGUUUAUGUUAUAUAGGGUAGGGGAGCAUGAAGGAGGCAGUAAUGAACCAAAAUGAUAAAGUCUUUCCUGCCCUGUAGUCACCAAUCCCCAAAUGCCUAAAAUGUCCUCUUACUUUUGGUAACACAUCCCUAAUUUAUCUCCCCUUGUCUCUUUCAUCCCCAGUCCCUGGCGUCGGAAUGGGAAUAAACUUUCUCGGCUAAGUUAUAUGGACAGUCUCCAUUAACCUGUUGGUCUGUCCCCCUCCUCAUUCUCCCCUGGCUCCCCUCAGCCCUGGGAGGAGUGUUUGUCUCAGGAGAAGUCUGGGGAGGGGGGAGACCAGGGGGAAAGGGUUUGUAAGGUUGCACAUCCAUGAGGCGGGGAUGGUCCCCCCAGGAAAGAAGCCAGCUGGAGAGACUUCCAACUCGAACAAAAAAUGCAAACGCUAUUUCAACGAGCAUUGGAAGGAAGAGUUCACUUGGCUGGAGUUUGACUAUGAGAGAAAGUUGAUGUUUUGCUUGGAGUGUAGGCAAGCCCUUGUCCGGAACAAACAUGGGAAGGCUGAGAACGCCUUCACGGUGGGCACCGACAAUUUCCAGCGUCACGCUUUGUUGCGCCAUGUGACUUCUGGGGCUCACUGCCAGGCCCUAGCUGUCAAUCGGGAGCAGCUGGCAUUUGAAGCUCGGGCAGGGGGAAGAGGGAGCUACGGGUACCACCAAAAUCUGCCCAUGAACUCAGUAGGUGUGGCCACCACCACCUCCAUGGCGCCCAUCAAGAUGGAAGUGAACCCUGCCAAGGUGGCAGUGUUGACCACCGUAUACUGCAUGGCUAAGGAAGAUGUGCCAGACGAUCGCUGCCCUGCUCUGCUGGAGCUACAGAGAUUCAACCUCUGCCAGGCCCUCCUGGGCACUGAGCAUGGUGAUUACUACACCCUGGGCAGUGUGAAGGACAUGCAGGCAGCCAUUGCCAGGGCUCUGCACUCUGAAGAUUACCAGCGGCUGAAGGCGUCCCCCUUUGUGGGACUGGUGCUGGACGAGGUUGGGGAUGGUCCAGAGCCUCAUAGCCUGGCCCUGUUUGCCACCCUGGUGUCCCCCUGUGACGGCCAGCCUGCCAGCACCUUCCUGGGAAGUGUGGAGCUAGGGGAAGGGGAGACCACUCCCGGCCAGCUUCUGGACCUUCUCAAGUCCUUUGGUGUUCCCGCACCCAAGCUGGCCUGGCUUGGCUCAGGACUGCCAAGUGAGCGUCUAGGGGAUCUGGGUCUACACCUCCGGGUCACUUGCCCGCUACUGGCUGAGCUCCACUGUCUUCCCAGCCGGGGCCACCCAGAAGCCCCUACCUACGUCAGCGAGUAUGAGAGUGUCCUGGAUGCUCUGUUUCGACUCUAUGGCAGCUCUGGGGCCCAUGGGAUCCCAGAGCUCCGGGCGGCAUUGGACCUUGCAGCCAUCAAUUUGACGGGGCCCCAGCGGGUGCCCUGGGCAUCCAUCUUGCCGGCUGUUGAAGCUGUGGCUGCCUCUUGGUCCCACCUGGUGCCCAAGCUGGAGGCCACUUCCCCGCCUUCCCCACUCACACAGGCGCUGGCCCUUGCUCUCCGGAGGUUCACCUUCAUUGCCUUCACCUACCUGCUCCUAGACACUCUGCCCACUCUGCAGAAGCUCAGUCUCCUCCUUCAGCCCGAGGAGCCCGACUUGGCCCUGCUCCCGCCCCUGGUCAUCACCACUGCCGCCUCCCUGCAGGCCCAGAGAGGCUCAGAUGGACCCCACUUCCAAAGCUUCCUGCAGGCGCUGGACAACCCCGACCCAGCUGUCGAUGGGGGCAGUGGCCACUACUGCUAUCAGGGGGUGGAGCUGACAGAUUGCUCCCCAGCAACCAUCCAGAGCUUUGAGGAUCUCCGGGGGGCCUUCCUAGACUCUCUGCGGAGGGGGCUGUGGGACUCCUUCCCAGGGCCCUCUCUGGACAUCGUGGCUGCAUUUGCUUCCAUCUUUGACUCUCGCCGCUACCCACAGUCCCUAGAAGAGCUGGGAGCGCAUGGGGAAGGCGCUCUUCGAUUACUGCUCCAGGCCUAUGCCCCUGUUGUGGUUGGCGAGCGGGCACUGAGUGACUUCCCGCUCUUUAAACGCAUCGUCUUCAGUCUGGGCCCCCUGGGCCCUCGAGAUCUCUGCUGCAAGCUAGUCUGUGCUCACUCGGAGCUGCAUGAGCUCUUUCCUGAUUUUGCCAUCCUGGCUUCAUUGGUCUUGGUCCUACCCGCUGGUGCCAGCCUUCUCGACAAGGUGGCCAGGAGCCGGGAGCUGCGGUGGUGGGACCAGGGAAAGGGAGACGGGGGCGAUGUCCAGGGGAGCCAUGUGGUGAAGAUCGCAGUGGACGGCCCCCCACUCCAUGAGUUUGACUUUGCCCUGGCCAUUGAAUUGUUUGAGAGUGGGAGAGGUGGGAUGGAAUUUUUUGGCACACAGAUCAAGUGAGGAGGUCCCCUUUCCAUCUCUCACGUGGGGUUUCUCUUGUAUGACGCUGGAUUCCUAGACGGGAAUUUAACCCCUCUCCCUGGCUUGGAUAACCUUGUCCCAUGUUCCUUCCUGUUGUUUUUUGUCACCCUGUAUGCCCUGAUACUAACUCAGUCUUGCCCAGGAUGUACAGUGGGGAGGGCUGGGGAGAGGCUCGGCAGUUUGGGUUCAGCCUGAGUAAGGAGCUGGGAGGUGGAAAGUUAGGGAGGAUGGGAAGGGACUAAACUCAUUCACUGGGUUUGAGUCCUUUCCAAAGCUUUGUGUUAAACACAUGGGCAUUUUUGUCUCCCGACCCUCUGGUAAAUUUUCAUGGAUGUUGUGAACAUUAACAAUUGAAAGUUAAUGGGAAAAGAACUUUGUGUUUCUGCUGGGGGAUGGGAGAGAAGAUGAUCCUGUCUGUCUAGCUCCGGGCCCUGCUUUUGUCACCUUCUGGGAUCCAAGGAGCUCAGGACAUCAUGGCAAGAGGAAGGAAUGUAGGAUUGGGAACAGGGAGACCUGAAUUAGAGUUCUGUCUCUGUCCUUAACUCUACUUUGCACAAGACACAACCUCUGUCUGAAUCUUCCUUUCUCUGAAAUGAGGGAGUUGGAUUAGGUGAUUUCUGAGGUCACUCCCAGCUCUGAUAGUUUGUUUGUCCUUAUUAUAGCACAAUACCUUCAGUGUUAGUCGGAAGUGGGGACCCCUAUCUUCACCACCCCUUCCACCCUGCAAGCCAAGAUGUCCAAAGGCAUCUGUGUACAGAAAGGUGUACAUAGACAUAUAAAUAUAUACACAGAUAUAUUUAAUAAAUCUCUUAUCUUUUAUAGAAUUAGAGACAAUGCUCGCAAAGAUGAUUUUGGUUUCUGUUUUAGUUUUUGCUAUGAUAGGACCUAAGAAAGUUCCAAGUAGAAUAAAUUCCUAUUUUCUUCCUCCUCUUAUAUUAAAGUUUGGUUUUCAUCCAAGCUCCCUUCUUAUCUCCCCUCCAGCCCCUUUGAGACCAAAGAGAGUGCAAAAUCACAAUUACUGCUUUUAAUUCAACUUUACCCAAGUAAAUAUGAUAUAUAUAUGUAUAUUUUAUUUCCUUUUCUUACACCCCUUCCCCAUUCCAAUUCUCCUUCACACACAUAUCCAUUCCUAUAGAGCAAGUGUUGGGGAGUAGGAAUAUCCUCUCCAUGCCUUGCUUGAAUACCCCCUCACCGUGGCUACUGCUGCUGCUUCCUCCAUCCCCCUCCAAAAAGAGAAAGACCACUGGAGCAGACUACCUCAAGCCCCAUCUGAUGGGGUAGUAGUUGGUGAGGAAGCCAGACAGGUUGUAAACUGUCAUGUCAGUAAGUAUCAUGAUUCUCCCCUGCUUCUUCCUAUGGGCUCAGAGAUGGGGUGAGUGGCUGGGGGGUAUGGGAGCGAAUAACAAUCUUCCCCAUCUUUAACCUUCCAUGGAGUCCAGCACAUUGGUACACAAUAAAAUAGAACCAUCCUAACUCCUGA